CAACCAUCCUUCCAUCUGCUCUACUCUCCACAACUAAAAUGGUCCACACCCUCGUGAUCGACAACUACGACUCGUUCACGUGGAACGUCUACGCGGACCUUGCCCGUCUCGGCGGCAACCCUCUCGUUGUGCGCAAUGACAAGAUUACACUGCCCGAAAUCGAGGCGCUGCACGCCAAAGGCGAGAUUGACCGCGUUGUCAUCUCCCCUGGGCCCGGUCACCCACGUACCGACUCGGGCAUCUCGCGCGACGUGAUUAUGUGGGCUAUGGGGCGCGUGCCGGUGCUAGGCGUUUGCAUGGGGCUAGAGUGCCUCGUUGACGUUCUCGGUGGCGAGAUCGCAUAUGCUGGCGAGAUCAAGCACGGCAAGACGUCGCUCGUCAAGCACGAUGCUAUGGGUCUUUUCCACGAGCUUCCUCCUCUUCUCGCGUCGGUCCGCUACCACUCUCUCGCAGCCAGACUCCUUACCCUUCCCCCGAUCCUGCAAGUCACCUCGACGACGGAGGAGUCUGGCGUGAUCAUGGGCGUGCGUCACCGGAAAUACACCGUCGAGGCGGUCCAGUACCACCCCGAGUCGUGCAUGAGUGAGGGCGGGCAGGGGCUUGUCGCCAACUUCCUCAAGCUCAAGGGCGGCGAGUGGGGCGGCGAGAACGCCUGGUGCGGCGUUCCCCCCAGCACGGAGGCCGACGUCAACAAGGCGACUGCCCCCGCAGUGCCUGUCGCGAAUGGGACCAAGCCAGAGGCCGCCAAGGAAAAGAAGGGGCCGUCAAUUCUUGACCGUAUUGCUGCACAGCGCCUCAGCGAUGUUGCGGCUGCCUCGGUGGCGCUACCCACCACGCCGGAGAAUCUUGCGUCGGCGCUUAAGUUGCAUACGGCGCCGCCACUCAUCUCGUUCGUCGACCGUGUCAACAACACUCCCCACACGGCUGUCAUGGCCGAGAUCAAGCGCGCAUCGCCGUCCAAGGGCGAGAUCGCGCCGACUGCCAGCGCUCCUGAGCAGGCACUGCGAUAUGCGGCAGCCGGGGCCUCUGUCAUCUCAGUGCUUACUGAGCCGACUUGGUUCAAGGGCUCGCUGAGUGACAUGCUCGCUGUCCGGCGGGCGGUGGACUCGAUGCCGAACCGUCCCGCAAUCCUACGCAAGGACUUUAUCCUCGCGCCAUACCAGAUCGACGAGGCGCGUCUGCACGGCGCUGACACGGUUCUCCUCAUCGUUGCGAUGCUUACCCCCGCCAAGCUAAAGGAGCUGUACAACUACUCGCUCAGCCGGGGGAUGGAGCCGCUCGUCGAGGUCAACAACCCCUCAGAACUGGAGGUGGCUCUCGAGCUCGGCGCCAAGGUAAUCGGCGUCAACAACCGUAACCUCCACGACUUCAAUGUGGACAUGUCGACGACGAGCCGAGUCAACGACGCACUGAAGGGCCGCGACGUCAUCCUCUGCGCGCUCUCCGGCAUUUCGAGCCACGCCGACGUCGCAAAGUACGUGGCCGAGGGUGUCCGCGCCGUGCUUGUGGGCGAGAGCCUUAUGCGCGCGCCGGAUGCCGGUGCAUUCCUCCGCGAGCUCAUCGGGUUGCCUGCUGCUGAGAAGCCUGCGCCUACCAAGCCCCUCGUCAAGAUCUGCGGUGUGCGCUCUGCUGCAGACGCGCAGCUUGCCAUCGACGCCGGUGCCGACCUCAUCGGCAUUAUUUGCGUGCUUGGUACGAAGCGGUUUACGCCUCCCGAGACCGCACGUGAGAUUGUCGAGGUUGUGCGUGCUGCUCGGGCUAAGGCGUCCUUGAGCAAGCCGGAGCCAUCCCCCCUUUGGUUCGGAACAAUGGCUGCGCGCCUCCGCGCCCGCCGUAGGCCACUCGCCGUCGGCGUGUUCCGCAACCAGCCCGUGGAAGAUGUUGCGGCGGCCGUCGACGACAUCGGUCUCGACCUCGUCCAGCUGCAUGGCGACGAGCCGCAGUCGCACGCUCGACUGCUGCCCGUUCCGGUGAUCAAGGCGUUCCGCGUUGUCGACGGCGCUGUGCGCGGGGGCGACGCCGCUCGUCCAGGGCUGAACAGCUACGUGCUGCUCGACGCGCCGUCGAGCUCGGGUGGUGCGGGUGGCGGCGAGGGCGUGUCCUUCGACUGGGGUGUGGCGAAGCGUCUGGCGGACGCUGGCGAGGCCGGUGGCGCUGCUCGCCUUCCCAUUAUCCUGGCCGGUGGACUCACGCCGGAAAACGUUAAGCAGGCAGUCGAGGCCGCCGCCGGCGUGCUCGCCGUGGACGUGAGCUCAGGUGUGGAGAGCGCCGAUGGGAGCAAGAAUGCGGAGAAGGUGCGGGCGUUCGUCAAGGCCGUCAAGGGAUAGUUAUAGAUUGGUGUCUAGGGAUGCAUGGAUUAAGCUAGU